ACCCUGCUCCCCAACUGAAGCUUAACAGGUUGGCGGCAUAAUUUGGAGACUUUCAGGGGUGUCAUACUAGAAGCUUAAGCAAGGACCAAGACAUCUUCUACUCCCCGUCACUGACCAGCUGGGGUCGAAAAGCCAGCAAGUGAGGGGAGGAAGGGGCUGGGGACGGCUCUCAGCAAAGUUUGCAAAGGCCUAUGGCCAUGAGUGAGCUGGGCACACAGAAGGCUGGGGAAGGCACUGUGUCUCGCCUGCUCAAUGUGGUGGAAAGUGAGCUUCAGGCAGGGAGGGAGAAGGGAGAUCCUACAGAGAAGCAACUUCAGAUCAUCCUGGAGGAUGCCCCACUCUGGCAGAGAUUCAAGGAAGUUACUAACGAAAUGAUUGUGACCAAGAAUGGCAGACGGAUGUUCCCUGUCCUGAAGAUUAGUGUUACAGGACUGGACCCCAAUGCCAUGUACUCCCUCCUGCUGGACUUUGUCCCGACGGACAGUCACCGCUGGAAGUACGUCAAUGGGGAAUGGGUGCCCGCGGGCAAGCCAGAGGUCUCUAGCCACAGCUGUGUCUACAUUCACCCGGACUCCCCCAACUUUGGGGCUCACUGGAUGAAAGCUCCCAUCUCCUUCAGCAAAGUAAAGCUGACCAACAAGCUCAAUGGAGGUGGGCAGAUAAUGCUGAAUUCUCUGCAUAAAUAUGAGCCCCAGGUCCACAUAGUGCGCGUUGGAGGCGCCCACCGAAUGGUCAUGAACUGCUCCUUCCCUGAAACCCAGUUCAUUGCUGUGACUGCCUAUCAGAAUGAGGAGAUAACAGCUCUCAAAAUCAAGUACAACCCGUUCGCCAAGGCCUUCUUGGAUGCCAAGGAAAGAAACCACCUAAAGGACAUUCCAGAGGCUGUCUCUGAGAGCCAGCAUGUGACCUACUCACCCUUGGGAGGCUGGAUCUUUUCUAAUCCAGAUGGCAUGUGUACAGCAGGAAACACCAAUUACCAGUAUGCUACGCCUUUGCCUCUGCCUGCUCCCCACACCCACCAUGGCUGUGAGCACUACUCUGGCCUCCGAGGACAUCGGCAGGCUCCCUACCCUUCCGCGUACGUGCAUAGAAACCAUUCUCCCUCAGUGAACUUGAUAGAAAGCUCAAGCAAUAAUCUGCAAGUUUUCUCGGGACCUGACAGCUGGACAUCCUUAUCCUCUACACCCCACGCCAGCAUCCUGUCUGUACCCCACACCAAUGGGCCAAUCAAUCCAGGGCCCAGUCCCUAUCCAUGCCUGUGGACCAUCAGCAAUGGAGGUGGGGGCCCUGCGGCAGCAAGCACAGAGGUGCAUGCCGGUUCGCCAGGAACAUUCCUCCUUGGGAACCCUGCCGUCACCUCCCCUUCCUCCUCCGUGCUACCCACCCAAGCAACCACAUCCACCGGUGUGGAGGCCCUCGGUGAAUCUUCCCUCACCAGCAUUGCUGUAUCCACCUGGACAGCGGUGGCUUCCCAUCCUUUCCCAGGCUGGGGUGGCCCAGGGGGUGGUGGGCGCCAUUCCCCCUCUUCAUUGGAUAGUUAG